AACCAAUGGGAUGCUUGGGGCAGGUGUUCCUGUAGAUACAGGAAUGCCCACAUGCAGGAACACCCCUAAAUUGCAGGCUGCAGUUGCACACUAAUUGUACUGGCUCGGUGAGAGGUUUGCGCUGCUCGAAUAUAAAAUGAAGUAUGUAUUUUUUAAGAUGUAUAUUUCGCGCACAAUAUGUGCCAAUAACGUUAUAUUAGUUUGAGUAUAAGUACCCGGGACUAUUUCACGUUCACGCAAGCCUACAUCUGAAAGAGACAUGAUGAGAGACCUUGCAUGAAAUUAGAGGAUCUGCUUGAAUAAAGAAUUUUAAAACAUACAGUGAAGCCACUCAACAUUUACAUUCAGCAGACACUCCCAUCCAGAACGACCCACUGGAGCAACCAGGGUCAAGCGCCCCCACCCAGUCGAACCGGGGACCCGAACCAGCGACCUCUCGGCCACCCGCCCUAGCUCCCAACAGCCAGACCACCAACCAUCUAAGAUACCCCUACAGUUCCCAUUAUUCCAAACAGUGAAAUUACUUGACCAACAGAAAAUAAUAUCAAAGAUCUGUAUAUAAUGACAAGAUGCUUAUGUUUACGUCCUAACAAUGGGAGUGGUUCUAAGGCAGGGAAGGCAGGCGGACAAGUUUAGUCCCAAAAUGAGCCCAUAGAAAUGCAUUGGAUUAAUUUUGGACUGAUUUUGGCGAGUGAAACGGAUCCUACGCAUGCAUACAAGGACCGGACAUUUUUUCAUUAAGAGUUCAAUGGAAACAUUCAACAAUGGAACUGUACUAUCUGAGAAUGCAGAGGACGAGAGAGAAGACUGACAAGAUGGAGGAGAGCAAAGCCAUGAGGAAGCUGCGGGUGUGCGUGGCAACGUGUAACCGGGCAGACUACUCCAAGCUGGCACCCAUCAUGUUUGGCAUCAAGGCCAACCCGGAUGAGUUUGAGCUGGAGGUGGUGGUGCUGGGUUCCCAUCUCAUUGACGAUUAUGGCAACACGUUCCGGAUGAUCGAGCAGGAUGACUUUGACAUCGGCUCCAAGCUGCACACCAUCGUGCGUGGGGAGGACGAGGCCGCCAUGGUGGAGUCAGUGGGUCUGGCGCUGGUCAAGCUGCCAGAUGUCCUCCACCGUCUCCGUCCCGACGUUCUGAUCGUCCACGGCGACCGCUUUGACGCCCUCGCCCUGGCAACUGCUGCCGCUCUGAUGAACAUUCGCAUCCUGCACCUGGAGGGAGGAGAGGUGAGCGGCACCAUCGACGACUCGAUCCGUCACGCCAUCUCCAAGCUGGCCCACUACCACGCCUGCUGCACCCGCACCGCCGAACAGCACCUCAUCGCCAUGUGUGAGGACCACACUCGCAUCCUGUUGGCGGGCUGCCCCUCCUACGACAAGCUGCUGGCCGCCCAUCACCGCGACGACUACAUGGACAUCAUCAGGAACUGGCUCGGAGACAAUGUGAAGGAGCACGACUACAUCGUGGCCCUGCAGCACCCGGUCACCACUGACAUCAAGAACUCCAUCAAGAUCUACGAGCUGAUGUUGGACGCCCUCAUCUCCUUCAACAAGCGAACGCUCGUCCUCUUCCCCAACAUAGACGCAGGAAGUAAGGAGAUGGUGCGUGUGAUGAGGAAGAAGGGCGUGGAGCAGCACCCUAACUUCCGGGCGGUGAAGCACGUGCCCUUCGAGCAGUUCAUCCAGCUGGUGUGUCACGCUGGGGCCAUGAUCGGCAACAGCAGCUGUGGCGUCAGAGAGGCCGGGGCAUUCGGGACCCCCGUCAUCAACCUGGGGUCCAGGCAAACUGGGAGAGAGACUGGUGAAAACGUCCUCCAUGUCCGAGACGCAGACACUCAGAAUAAGAUCUACCAUGCCCUGGAGCUGCAGUUCGGGAAGAGAUACCCCUGCUCAAAGAUCUACGGCGACGGGAAUGCGGUGCCUCGCAUCAUGAAGUUCCUGCAGGCCAUCGACCUUGAUGAGCCACUGCAAAAGACCUUCUGCUUCCCCCCCAUCAGGGAGUGGGACAUCUCCCAGGACAUCGACCACAUCCUGGAGACUCAGAGCGCCCUAGCCAUCGACCUGGGGGGGACCAACCUCCGCGUGGCCAUCGUCAGCAUGAGGGGUAAGAUAGUGAAGAAGUACUCUCAGGCGAACCCCAAAACCUACGAGGCUAGGAUCGAGCUGAUACUGAAGAUGUGUGCGGAGGCAGUCUUUGACGCUGUUCAUCUCAACUGCCGGAUUCUGGGAGUGGGUGUGUCGACUGGGGGCAGGGUGAACCCACAGGAGGGUGUGAUCCUCCACUCCACCAAGCUGAUCCAGGAGUGGAGCUCCAUCGACAUCCGCACCCCCAUCUCUGACGCCCUCCACCUGCCCGUCUGGGUCGACAACGACGGCAACUGUGCCGCCCUGGCAGAGAAGAAGUUUGGCCACGGCAAAGGAGUGGAGAACUUUGUCACCAUCAUCACUGGAACAGGCAUCGGCGGGGGCAUCAUCCAGCACAACGAGCUGAUCCACGGCAGUACGUUCUGCGCGGCCGAGCUGGGCCACAUCAUGGUGUCUCUGGACGGGCCGGAGUGUAUGUGUGGCAGCCGUGGCUGCAUCGAGGCCUACGCAUCAGGCAUGGCCCUGCAGAAAGAAGCCAAGAGGCUCCAUGACGAGGAACUGCUGGAGGUGGAGGGGAUGGUGGAUCUGAAGAAGGCCGAGUUCGUCAGCGCCAUCCACCUCAUCAACGCAGCCCGCCUGGGCAACAGCAAGGCUGGAGCUGUUCUCAGAACAGCCAGCAUGGCCCUCGGAGUGGGCAUCGUCAACAUCCUCCACGUGGUCAACCCCUCUCUGGUCAUCCUGUCGGGAGUGCUGGCCACCCACUACCAGGCACCUGUCCAGCAGGUCAUAGGUCAGAGAGCCCUCACCUCCGCCCAGCGCAUCCAGGUCCUGACAUCCGACCUCGAAGAGCCCGCCCUACUGGGGGCCGCUAGCAUGGUGCUGGACUACACAACCAGGCGCAUCUAUUAAGAACAUUACGGUAAUGGACUACACACAGGUGCAUCCAUUAAGAACAUUACGGUAAUGGAUUACACAACAGGUGCAUCUAUUAAGAACAUUACAGUACUGGACUACACAAUCAGGUACAUCUAUCUAUUAAGAACAUUACGGUUAUGGACUACACAUCCAGGCACAUCUAUUAAGAACAUUACAGUAAUGGACUACACAACGGGUGCAUCUAUUAAGAACCAUUGGUCAGUUGUCAAGCUCUAGUUUUCAUUUGUGGUCCCCAAAGGAGGAGGGACAUAUCUUGCAAUAUUUUGACCCUCAUAAUUCCAUGUUUUUGUUACGUCUUAAUUCUAAACGUACAAUAUGUUAUUGUUGAAGCCACGCUAUGAAAGCAGCAUGUUGCUAUGACAUAUUUAAUUGUAUGUAUUUGUCAUACCGAGCUGUAAGCACUUUGCGCCACUUUAUCUUAUUUUGUCUCCAUUUUGGAAUCGGCAAACGUUACUGCUGGUUUGGAAAACCAAAUGCCCCCAGGAGAUGUUUUAGGUUCCGCCAUGUUAAAUGUUUCAUUUCAAUCAAUCAAUCAAAUGAUUCAUUACCAUUCAAUCAUUUAAGUUGAGCAUGUGGAACUGGAACCAGUUCUGCAACCAGGUGACUUACCUUAGGACCACUCUCUAUAGGACCACUCUCUAUAGGACCCCUCUCUAUAGGACCCCUCUCUAUAGGACCCCUCUCUAUAGGACCCCUCUCUAUAGGACCCCUCUCUAUAGGACCCCUCUCUAUAGGACCACUCUCUCUAGGACCCCUCUCUCUAGGACCCCUCUCUAUAGGACCCCUCUCUAUAGGACCCCUCUCUAUAGGACCCCUCUCUAUAGGACCCCUCUCUAUAGGACCACUCUCUCUAGGACCACUCUCUCUAGGACCACUCUCUCUAGGACCACUCUCUAGGACCACUCUCUAUCACUCUCUCUAGGACCACUCUCUUUAGGACCACUCUCUCUUUAGGACCACUCUCUCUUUAGGACCACUCUCUCUCUAGGACCACUCUCUCUCUAGGACCACAGUUACGACAUACCCUCAAAUGUAAUGCCUAUGCUAUGUAUGUCAUAGUUGUCUUGACUGUGUGCUUCAAUUGAAGGUGUGCUGCCAAAUCACUUGUAUUCACUAUCAUUCUUUGUUUUGUUUUAUGUGCACUUUUUUGUUGUUGCCUUGAUCUGUCAUAUUUGAAGAGUUUACUGUGUACAAAUCAGUCAUGUGAUUAUCCCGUUUUUGUGUAUUUCUGUUUUUGAUCAUGUCAUGGAGCCUGAAGCUUUUUUAUUUUACUUCACUUGGGUACUUUGUGACCCCCCCCCCCCCUCUCAAUGCAAUGGGUAUUCUACACAUUAAACACACGCAAGAAAAUGUC